CUGACUAGUACCUUUCCAUGCCACUUCCUUGACGGUCAUCUUUGAACAACCUUAAAGGUAGGCAGAUCAUAGAUCAGAAUUGUGGAGAACAUUGCGCCAGCUGGACCUCAGGUACCGCAGUGCUACAGUGUGACUAGCCACAAACUCGCACAGUUUGGAAGACAUUCGCAUCCAUUUACGCAAGAAUGAGCGCGGAGAAGCUUCCUAUGGACAGCGAUGGCUAUUUCAGCCGUCGUCGUGUACACGGCCCCGUUGUCUUCACUUCGCUGGUCCAACUCCUGACGGCGUGCAUGUCCGUGAUCAUCAUCGUCCUGGUGAUACAAGAAGGGGCGCGUCUGAGCGAGCGGGUGGCUCUCCAGGGCCGGGAAAUAGAGGAACUGUCAGCGCUGAAGAGCGGCGUGGCAGACUACAACAAGGAAGUGGCGGCCAUGAGAGCACAGCGAGAGGUCGAGGUGACGUAUCUGAGAGAGCGGCUCCAAGCCCUGGAGGAUAAGAUCCAAAACGGUGUGCCGACUGAAGGCCAGACCAAUCACCAGUCGGUACCGGGAAAAAAUAGUGGUCCUAGGGCGAAGAGGCAGGCGGUAACUUCUGAGACAGGGGUGUGCCUGCAAGGUCCGCCCGGUAUCCCUGGCAGAGACGGCCGUGACGGGAUGCCAGGUCGAGACUGUCCAUGCGGGUCAAAAGAUGUGACCGUGGACGAAUGUACCUCUAACAAUGGCGGGUGUGCUCACACCUGCACCAGCAGUCUCAUCUGUUCUUGUAGGGAUGGCUUCGUAUUGAAUGAAGACGGCCUGUCUUGUGAUGAUGUGGAUGAAUGUGCAUCUAAUAAUGGUGGUUGUGCUCAAACCUGCACCAACACCCCAGGAAGCUUCUUCUGUACUUGUCCCAACUAUGUUUCGAAUGCCAGUGGCUUGGCCUGUGGUGCACUACCAUCGUGUAAGGCAUACAUAACAGCUGGGAGAGACUAUGGAGACGGGUGGUACAUUGUGCAGCCAGAUCCGAACUCAGAGCAGUUCUCUGUCUAUUGUGACCAAACUACAUUGGGAGGUGGCUGGAUGAGGUUCUACUACAAGGCUGGACCAAAUACCUGCCACAACUACCAAGGAGUCACCUGGACUGAGGACAUCAUGAGCAAAGUCAACGCGACAGACUUUCUAGUCAGUGAUGACAUCACCACAGGGAAUACUGACCAAUCCUGGCUGUUCAGCGGAUUUGAGUUCGGCAGCAGCGCUUGCCCCAACUAUAAAUCCUGCGUAACACUGGAAUCUGUGUUUGGCAUCAACACAAUACAAGCUGUGGCAAACCUUGGCAACUGCAGGACGCCUUCUGGAUCGCAAUGGUCUCAGAACUACAUAAGUGCCUAUGUCUCUGUGAGGGGGAGGUUAGACACACUGGGCGGCUGGACAUCGAUGUAUGUUGGCUGCAACCUUUCAUCAACGUAUACAGUUGGACAGAACGCCACGAUAAGGUUCGGAGGAAAUCAUCACCAUUCCGGAGAGUUUGUGCACACAGGUUGUAACGGCUACAGGGUCAACUACCAGAACUCCAUCACCUCCCGCUGGAACACGGAUAACGUCAGGGUGAUGUGGAUGCGCUGAGAAGGAGCAAGUCCUUGAUUUAAUGUUCAAUGUGUGUUUUGACGUUUAUUUCCAAAUUUGUUAAUACAUGCAUGCCAUUUUAAUUGAUGUUUGAGAAUUUUGCAUAGAUGUCAGCAUUUUUGUAAGAUGAGGGCACUUUGGGCAAGUGGUGAAUUUGGAAAUGUCUAAAGGCUAUCUGUCCAUUCAUGUAAAGCUUUUUUCAGCUAGUAGAACUGGGCAAACUGAAAUCAAAGUUACUGUCCACUCAAUAUUGUAGAUAGAAAUAACUAAUGUAGGAGACUAUGAUAGACAUACAUUGUUAUAUGUAGCACAUAUUCUUAAAUAGACUUUGGUCUCAAAGCUAGAGUACUGUCAUCUUUGAUGUUCACUUUAGCCAAAGGCUGCAAGGAUUAUAGUCCAUCAUAGCUGUCCAUCUAAAUUAACUGAUGGACCAGUGAAAGAGCAACUUCAUGACAGCUGCAGAUAACUGUUUCUCUUUCUCUGCAUUUUACAUUUCUGUGUUUAUACUGAGGUGGGUGGGGUGAUUGGAUCAGUCUAUUGCACCUUUUCUAUUCAUGUAUUACAUGAUGAUACAAUUAUACACUGCAAAUAAAACAUAUACAUGAUUUAUAGUUCUGUGCCGAAUACUUGCUAUUUAUCAAGCAAAUGGUACAUUAUUACCUCAGUGAGACAUGUACAGCUUCUUCAAAUUUCUUGUACUAUCUACUCUCAUUCAUUAUGCAAAUAAUAUAAAUGUUGAAAUUAGCAAGAUCUAUUUCAAUUGAUGGGAGGCCCAUAUCAACCAUGAUCAUCAUUUUUCAUUUGGGAUUACUGAUGUUGCAUUUAUGUGAAGGCCUAAGGGUAUCCAGGUGUUUAUAUUACACAAAUGUUGAAAAAAAAGUCUCAAGAAAACACAAAAUCAAGCCACCAAGAAUCCAGUCUGCUGUUGAAAAUUUAUUUACAAAUCCAGGAAAAGAGAAUGCCUUCCAUUUUUGGAAAUACAGUAGAAGACAUGGUUAAAUAGGUGAAUCUUCAAGAAAGCUGAGAGUGGAUAUAGGUUUAAGUGCACAGAGACUUGGGAAAGUUUGCAAAGUGUCCAUGUAGUAUCAACUGGCACAGCAGGCCUUCAAACAGCUAAGAUGUUGUAAAACUAGUGGUCGAUGCCAGGGUUAUUCUAACCAAUCGGUUGGUUUGGGGAUGGUAUUUCUUUGCAGAUCAUUGUCUGUUUAAAAGUAUGCUGUUUUUUAACAGACCUACUGUGCUCAGUUGACGAUUCAUUGUACAUAUUCAUAAUACAGUUCCGGGAAAAUGUGGUUGUAUACAGGAUAGCAGGAAAAGGAGGUGUGGGUUUGUUGCGGCACACAAUGUGUUUUACCCACCAGUACAGUUUACAGUGUGUUACAAAAGUUUGGUGACAUCCAUAUCUCAAUAACUACAGGUAUUUGUUAUCAAUGGCAAGGCCAUGAUCACUUAUCAACUAGAGCCCCAGCAAAAUACUACUGUGUGAUAAUUCUUUCUUUAAUAUGUUCAUAUGACGUGGUUACUGUGAACUCCAUUGAGGACGCGCAUGCAAUUUUUUGGAAACAGUUAACAAUCCCCUUAGGAGCUAUGAAGUCGCAACGUCCAUCCUCAAAUCUUGUUUCAAGAUCUUCUGAUACCCCUACCCUACCGCUAUACCAUGCAAGGUAUCUACUAUACUGAUAACCAGCCCAUGUCAUUCAAAAAACAAUCCAGAUACAAAUUUUUAUGCAGAUUAUGUAUUCUUUGUGCUAAAGCAAAUGCAUACCAUUAAAAAUUCUUUCAACUGAUGGUGAGAGCCUUUACCACUAAUAUAUUCAUUUUCCACUAAUUUUGUACUAAGACAUUCAUAGGUUUGUACCAAGAAAAACUCUCCUCAUAUCAAUACCACACUUGGUAGAAUCUCCAGAGAAAUUUCAGACAUAAUUCUUAUGAGCAUGAUUUCUGCUGCCUCAUCACUAUGUCCAACAUAAGUAUUUGCCUUUUUUUUUCUUUCCUUAAGUACCUCAAAGGCAGUAACAAAGAAACUGUAACUCCAUGUAACUCUUCUUUGGCGAUAUUAAGGCCUAGUUUUUAAAACCUGAUAAACAUUUUCCCCACUUCACUACAAUGUAAAUCCCAAUAUCUUUUCUUCCCCUUGCAUUUAAAUACCACAAUACUAUGCAUAUCUAGUAUAUACAGCCAACUCCUGCAAAAAAUCAUGAUUUCAAAAACACAACCAGUUGACCCCUUAACCGUUCUGUUAACCACUAAAGUACAAAAUUACAAUAAAAUAUAUUAUGUAUUCCCUCUCCUUAUCAAUAUGUUUAAGCGUCAUAAAUAAACAAGCUUGACAUACAAAACUUGGAAUCAAAGGCAAAAAACACAGCGGCAUGGUACUUCCAAAAAAUAACAAGAAAAAAACACCCCAUGGGAUAAUGGUUAAGCCACAGGUUAUGGUAUAGCAGCAGAAUUCUUGCUAUUGUGAACAAACAUAGCUUGCUUUUUGGCAAUGCCUCAGGGGCAGAG